UGUUAUUCAUAGCAUUUUAUUCACCACAGUACUGAUGGUGUAAAAUGAAUUUUGCCUGUCACCACAACAGUAUUUAGAUAUACAGCUAGGGAGCAUAAUGGCUAUUUUUUACACCAAUGGAGAUGCUUGUAGAAAACGAGAAACAUUGACCUGUCAGAAUGCAAUCAAGUUCAGGAUUUUAAAGGAGCAAAUCUGACAGAAGGCAAAUAGAGAUUACCAAUUGCAUAAUGGCUGCUCGCUUUGCAACAUUGGUAGAGGAUCGGAUACAUGAACAAGGAAGUGAAUAAGAGAUAUUGGUGAAUAUCAUUCAUGUUUCUUUCCUGACUGUGUCUUCACUUUUGAGUAUUAGUUGUGAUUGUCAACAAGAGAAGAUUACAUUUAACUCACUCUACAAAAUGGACAAAACUGGCUGUUUUUAAUAUCACUGAAUGAUAUGCCUUGCCUUGCUCUCAUCAAGAUAUAUAAUUUGGUUCUAUGUAUUUUUAAAUAUCUGUGCCCCAAGAAUAAUACAAAAGACGUCUAAUCCAAUGGAAUCAUGAAUUAAGAGUGCAACAGAUUUAUAGAAUAUCAAAGACAACAUACAUAAUUUAAAGCAGCAACUAUAAUAAUCACCAUGGCAACUGGACGACCGUCUGCUCAUAAAGGAGAACAGCUACCCAUAAGGGUCAAAGGCAGCUCUAACUGUCCAAAUCACCGACAAAAGGAGAUCAUUUUUAUAUGUAUUGACUGUGAUGAAGAGCUCAUUUGUGCCACAUGUAGCGUAACAACACACAAAUCUCACGAACUUGUGGAACUCUCUAGUGUGAAAACACAGCAAAACAGUAAACUGGAGGUAUUUAUUAAUAACACUGAAAAACAUGCCCUGCCUCAACUGAAAAUGGAGAUUCAGUUGACCCAUAAAGAACUGACAAAGAACAGUCUGUACUUCAGUGGAAUUCGUGAAAAAGUGACUGACCAGGGGCUAAAGUGUAAAAAAGAAAUAGAUAAUUUGAUCUCAGAAAAUAAAAAAAUCUGUGACAAGAUGGAAGUUCUGAACCAGAAUUUACUUAAAACCCACAUCACUGAACUGCAGCGAAGAAUAACAUCACUGGAGAGUCUUCUGAAUGAAUGUAAACAAACAAUUCAAACAGGAUCAACCAUUCUUACACAUGAUGUUGUAUCAGAUAUUCAAAAAUUUGACUCAAAGAUCCCAAAUUUGCCAAAACAACAAUGGCCUCAGUUUCAUCCAUGUCAAGACAUGCUAGACCAGUUGAAAAAAGCCGUCGGCACCGUUUCCACUGACCAAGCCCAAAAGGAAAAAGUGGUCAAAAUCAAACUACUUCGAGAACCAGUUGUGCAAUCAAAAUUCAAAUUUCGACACCAUAUCACCACCAUCUAUCCCACACAGGACAGUCUAGCCUGGGUCUGCGAUUUUGAAAGCAACAUUCUUGAGCUUAUAGACUUCAAGGGGCAGACGAGGAAGGAAAUCAAGUACCAAGACAAAAUUCGUGACAUCAGCAGAUCAGCGAAAACAGGAAACCUUUGGUUUUGCUGUAGAGAAGCAAAAUGUGUGUGUGAAGUAUCUUCAUCUAAAAUGCCAGUAAUCAAAUUCAGAACGGAUGACCCUCUGUAUAGUAUUUGCGUGACCAAAGACGAAUUUAUUGUACUGGGCUCUGAAAAAAAAGUAAGCAUUUACACGGAUAAAGGUGUUAUGCUUCACUCAAGCUCACGCCACAUAUCGGGGAUCACUUCAGCAGGGGAGAUAACUCAAUGCCCUUUGACUGGCAACAUAGCAGUACUGAGUGCAGAAAUACUACAAAAUGACGACUCCAGUGAGGAUAACUGGAUAGGACAAAUCAUCAUUUAUGACAGAAAGUUGCAAGUGAAAUCCCACUAUAAAGGCGAAGGAAUCAAAUCUGCAGGAGAAAGAUUUGGCCCAGGAUCAAUAGCUUACGACAGAAAUGGAAACUUGGUCGUGGCCGACAUGAAGAGGCAUACAGUAGAGCUUGUUAGUGGAUUAGGGCAGCAUAUCAAAACCCUGUGCAGUGGCUCACAGGGGCAGGGAGUGAUUGGGCUGGAGGAUGGACAAGUACUGUGGACAGCAUCUGAGCCCUCACCAGGCAAGUGGGAGGUAAAGCUCCUCAAAUACUUCUCUGAAUGAGCUAGUUGUGAACAGUUACAAAUUCUGAUCAUGAACCCUCACCAGGCAAGUGGGAGGUAAAACUCUUUAAUUACUACUCUGAAUGAACUAGUCGUGAACAGUUAUAAAAUUCUGAUCAUGAGCCCUCACCAAGCAAAUGGGAGCUUGAACUCUUUAGAUACUACACUCUGGAUGAACUCGUAGAGAACAUUUUAAAGAAUUCUGAUCAUAAGCUCUCACAAGGUGGGAGGUAAAUCUCUUUUUACUGCUACUCUCAAUAACCCAUUAAGCACAACCAGAUCGUAAAAGUGAGCUCAUUUAACACCUCAGAUUUACAAAUAUGUGUUUGUGUAUAAGUUUAAUUGUUCUGUUAACAACAUAUAACCAGCUGAAAAGCCUGCGGCUACUGCCAGGUGAAAGUUGUAAUGAAUUGUAUUGUUGUUCACAAUGCUGCGUGCUCAUGUGUGACGACGACUGAUGAAGGUGUCAAAGUCGUUUAAUACAGACUUUCUAAUCACCUG